AUGCCACAGCCUUCAACAUAUCGCCCAAAGACUAGCUACCAACCUACAUCGUCGUUCUCUCCAAAGAAGGAGUCGAAAAAGCCUCUUUCUGUACCAUCCCCUAGCCUAUCGUGGCAGUCAGCAACCUCUGGUACUUCAAUUCAAAAUCACCAUGGAUACCAGUCAUCACAGAGCCAGCAUCGUCCACCCUUGCAUCCCAGCGAAUCGUUUGAUGCAGAUGACAGACCCACGGAACUGAUUCCCAUCCUUGACGAUCACAGCCCCGGUCAUGCUCAUCUAAGCGCUCAGCAUCCACCGUCCACAUCUUCCACUGUACCUCCCUCACCUACUUUGGUAGCUGUCUCACCAUCGCCCUCUUUCACUACCAUUUCUUAUCUUCCAGCAUCACCUGGUCCAUCUGACUUAGAGAACCGUCCGACAGAAUUACCAGUACAGGAUGUCUUUCAGCAGCAUGAGUCAUCCAGAAAAGCGAACACUGUCCCAAUGACCCAGCCUAUGCCGCUCGCUCCAUCUACGCCACUGUCUGCUCCUAUUACAAAGUUUCCGACGGCAACUACUUUUGUACCAUCUACCACCUACAAAUCCACCAAGAAGGAGGCAUUCAAAGCCCCACCGCCGCCUCAGCCAUCAAAUACCAAUAACUUCGAUACCACUGUCAAGGUGGAGGUUUCCAGCGUCAAGGUGGAGGUUACUGAUGUCAAGAUAAGUAGCAACCAGCAGCAGUACAGCAAUUCUUAUAAGGUUAGUCUCAAUAAUCCGCCUGUACGGCAACAAAGCAACGCAUCCUUGGAUAGCCCAAUUUCCCUUGAUGGUUUGAUGGAUAGUAUUGAGGCAAUGGCACGGCCCUCAUCGUCUCCUCUAGUGGCUUCUACCCAUCAAGGUCCUACCUCACAACAGCUUGGUAGUGCUGACUACUUCAAACCUCUCCCAGUUAUCAAAGGAAACGAGGCAGAGCAGAAGCGUUACUCUUUAUCGGAUGCCCCCGUCGCAUCAACUUCCUCACCAGGCGUCUCGCGGCUCGUUCCAAAAUCGCAUGCCAGUUCACACUUACCACCAUUUCCCGAGGACCAAGGCGAUUUAUCAAAUACCAGUAAUCCAAAUGUAUCUAACACGGCUACGCGAACUACACAGCCCUCUGCGGGUGGACAGUCUAACGUUACUUUAUCUCAUGGGAGAAAUCAAGGCGAAUUAGAACAGGCCUCAUUCCAACACAAUUCAACGGUGCAAUCUCAUCCACCACAUAACCACAAUCAUAUUGGAGGCAAUGCAAUGAUGCUCUUUAGUCAGCCAGAGUUUGUUCACAACCCAAUCACUUCCAUGGCGGCACUUGCCGAUCGCCCAGAACAGAAAGCGCCUUCGAUGGUACGUCGAGGAAAGACUCUCCGGAGAGCGGCCGGAGUAACCGGGGCAAAUCACCAAGUGGAACAAACCCUUGUACCUCCGCCGCCACCAACAAAGGUGACAUCUGAAGAACUUUAUCCUUAUCUGCUCAGACUCGUUCUUUUGGCUCAAGAGGACGAAGCGCCGCCGCCUACACCAGCUUUGCCUGUCACUAACAAGGACACCCAUAAGGAUCUCGUAAAAGUAUUGAGGUCCAAAGUGAAGGAUAUUCUGUCAGGCAAGGAUCAGAAUCCAGCAUAUCAGGAUUCAGUUGUAAAAAAGGCCCUCAGCAACAUGGAGCCAAAGCAGUUCAAGGCUUCUACCAAUGCGGAGGAGCUUAUGCUUGGGUUUUCCAUAGAAAUGUCCAGGAUUCAACAGACUAUGAACAUACCUACCAACAAUCGAGACGCCCAAAUCAGCAUUAUGGUUAAUUUGCUACGCGAAGCUAUACAACAAGAUCCAUUUGUUGGCCAUGAGGCGAUUUUACAACGGUUAGAUAAGCAAGUGAAGACGACCGCUACAAAGCCAAAUAACUCUACAGCGCAAGCGGAAGAGCAUACAAAGGUGAUUAAGGAGCUGUUUAAGCAUCUGGAAGCUGUAAGACAUCAGCGUAUGAAUGACCUCCGUCGAAACUCGACUAGACAGGCUGCGAUUGAGGACUUGAAAAAGUGUCUCUCCAAUCUUGAACUUGAUUCAUUCCCGUACCCCGGCAUGGCAGACUACCAUCAUAGAGAACAUCAUGAAGAAUUCAAGACGCGCGAGCGCAGUGCACUCAAUGGCUUCAUUCGUGGUCUUUCUGCUGGUCGUCCCAACUUGAUGUCAAUCAAUACCCCAUCAAGGCUAUAUCAUCCUAAUGAGUUUACUUUCAUUCCAGAGAAUCCUAAAGCAUACUACCAUGUGCUCUUAGAGAUGUGUGUAGAUCAUGCUAUAGCAUCGCGUAAGGAGGAUGAUCCCGCAGCAAACCUUCUUUCCACUCCAACACGGGCUCUUUUGAUUGAUUGUGGUGUUCGUUGGCGAUUAACUUCCAGUUGGAGAGAAAUCAUGUAUAUGGAAAUCAUUAAAGAACGAUAUAGAGAAGGCAAAGUUUCUGUCCACUUUCUCUUGGACUUCCUUCAAACAAAGUUUUACAAGGAUUCUGAAGUGCAUCAAUGGCAUAUUUCUGAGGUCAAUAUGUUAGGAGAUGUAUAUGGUGGCCUGAACCAUAUGAUAUUUGACAAUAUCAAUCACGAUAUUAAGGACUUGGAGUCAGUCAGCGCAGCAUAUUUCAGGCCAAUGAUGGAUAUUCUUGACCGCGUGCAUCAGCAAGAAGUAUAUCAGCGAUUGAACAUCGAUUUGACACCUUUUUUUGAGGAUAUAAAGGAGACUGUAUUAUUGGAGUCGAUUCGUAGCUAUAACGCCAAAGAUGCUGAGGUUCAAAAGGAAGGAUAUGAAAAUGAAACCGUUCCCUUAACAAAAAUGGCUCUUUAUAUUGUGUCUGAGCAUGGAAUAAUGAAAAAAAGGUUCCCACAGCCACUGUUCGGUGCUGUCGAUGUUGCUGCUAUCGUAGUAGAAAACAAUCUUCGAAAUUUUGUUCCUCUGAUGCAGAAUAUGGCCAAUAUGGAUGCAAAGAAGCUACCUAUGGCUGAUGUGUUUCCAUUAUACCAGCUUUGCCGCGAGCUUGUUACCCUUUUUGAGCUGUAUGCGCCAAGCUCAAGUGCUCAUUUUAAUAUCUCCACCUGGUUUAAGCCUUAUGUUCAUAAAUACCUGGAGAUGCUUGACGCAUCUAUUACCGAAUGGGUCACAGCUGCUAUCAAGCAAGAUCAAUUUGAGGAAGUGAGUGUUGGCGCAGGCCAUUCUUCCUCCGCAAGCGACCUCUUUGCUUUCUUUUAUGAGCCUUUGACCUGGGUCAAGGGAUUGAAUUGGCCAGAUGACUAUCAAAGAGCAAUAUUUAUCUCCAGUCUUGCUAAAGUAUUUUGCAAGGCUGUGGAUUUAUAUGCGCAAUACAUGGAAACAAUGUUCCACGGCUGUAUGCCUUCCUCGGUCUCAUCCGUGGCAUCAACAGAAUCCAAGACUCUUACUGAGCAGCUUGCGUCGUUUACCUUCAGAUCAGAAAGCACAGAGGCAAAGAAAGCGGCGCAAUUUGUAUUCACACCUAAGAUGUGCGUUCUUGUGAACAACAUUGAAGCCGUGCGACAACGGCUAGAUGAGCUCUACCGCAACAUGGAUGUAGACAAUACUGUUCAAACACUUCGAGAUCAUCAAGGUGAUAUUGAAUCCGAUCCAAAUGCCCCGCAACAGUUUGAAAUUAUUUUUGUCUGCGCGGAAAGACUGCAACCAAUGGAUUCAAACGAGGCUAGCGACCCCUUUAUUGUGAUGUCGCAUGAAAAUAAGGAAGUCUUCCGAUCCAAAACCAUUUACGCAAACAUCAAUCCACGCUGGAAUGAGGUCUAUCAGGUGACUUUGACUAAAGAAAUCACUUACCAUAUCCAAAUCUUUGACGCGGACAAGAUGCAUAAAGAUCGAUUGUGCGGAUCACAGUACUUAAUCAUCAAUCCUGAGGACUACGAGGACUAUAUGGCACAUGAUGUAUGGCUAGAUUUGAUACAAAUCGGCCGCCUUUUGUUACGAAUCACGAUGAAGGGCGAACGUGAUGAUGUCCAGUUCUUUUUUGGUAGAACUUUCCGGUCUUUAAAGCGCAAAGAAGCUGAUAUGAGCGGCAUGAUUGUAGAUGCUAUGGUACCAUGUGCACAAGCUUGCUUGACAGAAAAGGUCCUUUUUAGCAACUUCCGGUCCAAGGCUCUAUUUCCUUUCUUUAGCAGCUCUGUUUCAUCUGCUAAAGUCACAAAGGUGUCAGAUGAGGAUUGCGAUAAUGCACUUGGUCAGCUAAUUGAUUAUCUCGAAGCAUCUUUGCCGGUUCUCUAUGACUAUCUCACAACUGAAGGAAUGACACUUGUGAUCACAAGGCUUUGGAAGGAGAUCUUGAUUACUAUUGAAUCGCUGCUAAUGCCACCACUUUCAAACACUGUAUCUGAUCGGACGCCAUUGACUGAAAUAGAAAUGCAUGUUGUCUUCAAAAUUGUAGAGUUUAUCAAACUCUAUCUGAAUGGUGGAGAUGCAGGAGAUGGUUUCCCAUUGAAGGUUCUUGAGAUUCCAAAGUAUAGGGAUCUGCUGACAGUUCGACCCAUCUAUGACGCGUCAACUGAAGAAUUGAUUGCAGAGUAUAAUCGGGCUCUAACUGUGCCGGGACGCGGGCGCCUAGCCAGGCAACAGAGCGAUUAUGAUCGUCGGGCAGGGGGUGUAGCCAAACGACCCAGUGCCGAUUCAAUGACGCCAAACCCUGAAACAAUUUUGAGGAUUUUGCGAAUGAGGCAUGACGAGAAUGUUGAACCCUUUUUGAAACAAGCCAUCGAAACACAGUCCAAGAUUCGUGAGGAACGAGCACAGGCCAAGCGAAAGCAACUCGUGUACCAAAGGCAAAUUCAACGUGAUCAACUUUAA